GGACUGGCCUUUUAUCAGCGUUGUCCUCGGGUGCUGCUGUCACCUCGGCUCAUCUUCAGCUGCACUCCAACUCUCCAGGCUCCUUCCUGUAAACAUGUCGUCAUCUUAUGCAGCAGCUAUAUCAGCUCUUCUUACAUCCAGUACUCUUAAUCAACCCAUCAAAUACAGCCCAGUCCGUUCCACAAAACCAGCAUGCAGUCCCAAAUCCAACAAGCACCUCCACCAUCUCCCAGCUUCAAAGAACCAUCCUCCUUCACCUGAGCUACUGAGGUCUUUUGAUGAACAGGAGAACCCUGACGACUAUGACGUAGGUGGUUACUAUCCUGUGGAGAAGGGAGAAAUCUUUGUUGAUCGUUACCAGGUAGUUAAAAAGUUGGGAUGGGGUCACUUCUCCACCGUCUGGCUCUGCUGGGACAUGCUGACGAGUCAUUUUGUGGCUCUGAAGGUGGUGAAGAGUGCUCAAACGUUCACCGAGACGGCGCUGGAUGAGAUCAAACUCCUUAAAUGUGUGAGGGAGAGUGACCCCAAAGAUCCUAAACGUGAACGGAUCGUGCAGCUCAUCGAUGACUUCAAGAUCUCUGGAGUCACCGGAGAGCAUGUGUGCAUGGUUCUGGAGGUCCUUGGUCAUCAGCUGUUGAGGUGGAUCAUUAAAUCCAACUACACCGGCCUCCCCCUGCCAUGUGUGAAGAGCAUCCUCAGACAGGUUCUGCAGGGUUUGGAUUACUUGCACACUAAAUGCAGGAUUAUUCACACAGACAUCAAACCAGAAAACAUCCUCCUGAGAGUCGAUGAUGUUUARAUUAAAAAGCUUGCAGCUGACACCAAACUGUGGCAGCUUCCUGUGAAUCCUCCUCUCAGCAGAUCAGUAAAAACUGACUCCAGAGAAAAACAGAGUUUGCACAACCUGUUUGGGAAGCUGACAGGGGUUUUACAGGAAUGGUCCAGCAAGGUCUCCAGGAGUUCAAACAAGCGUGUGGCGGGGAAGGAGAGAAGCCGUCGAGGACAGAAGAAUCCACCUGACUCCAAACCAGACAGGUCUCGUGUGUCUUUCUGCGAUGCUGCUGCCUCCAGCGCACACGGCUCCACUGUGAACACGAAGCUCACAGGUCCGAACCUCAGGAUACGGAGGCAGACGCUGCUGUUUGAAGACGAGCCGGACUGGGCUUCACACAGCCACUCAGUCUGCUCACAGCCGAGUCGCAGCGUGGAUGCACCUGCUUCUGCUUCCAGACCUGCAGACACAGAGCGUCCUCCACCGUCAUCAUCCUCACCCUCAGCUCAAGAAAGGAGUGAUCCUGUAGACCUUCUGAAACCUCAAAGUGCUGACAAGAUCCUCAUCAAAAUUGCUGAUCUGGGCAAUGCCUGCUGGGUGCACAAACACUUCACUGAAGACAUUCAGACCUGUCAGUACCGCUCAAUUGAGGUCCUGAUUGGUGCUGAAUACGACACACCAGCCGACAUCUGGAGCACUGCCUGCAUGGCCUUUGAAUUGGCCACAGGAGAUUAUUUGUUCGACCCUCAGUCUGGAGCCACGUUCUCCCGCGAAGAAGAUCACAUCGCUCACAUUAUUGAACUACUGGGACCCCUUCCAUCUCAGUUUGUCCUUUCUGGGAAGGAUGCCAAAUGCUACUUCAACCGAAAAGGACAGCUGCGACACAUCUCCAAACUGAAACCUUGGAGCUUGCUGGAGAUCCUGCAGGACAAGUACGAGUGGCCCCAAGAGGAAGCCGUCCACUUCAGUUCCUUUCUUCUGACCAUGUUGGAGCUGCAGCCGCAGAAAAGAGCCACAGCCGCUCAGUGUUUAAAACAUCCCUGGAUUACCUCCUGAAGACACGCAGACUCUGUGCUUCCCAGAGACACGUUCUGUUACACGGGAUGUGGCCACGUUGUGGAUAUAAGUUGGUGCUGGCAUCAUAAAGAACUGCUUUCAGUUUGACGAUGGACUUUUUCCUUCAAGUUUUUACUUGGAAGUCUUGCAGCAUUUGAGUAGCUGUCACAUUCAGGCAGAGCAAUGACCAAGGGGAAGAGAUUCCUGACACACAUAAAAAAGUCUGAGGUUUAAUAAARGGACGUUUGAAUA